AUAGGUUUGAGACUGAUUGGAGGAAGUUGGCCUGGAGAGGGCAGAGUGGAGAUUUAUUACAACGGUACCUGGGGAACGGUUUGUGACGAUAAUUGGGAUAAAAAUGAUGCUCGAGUUGUCUGUCGUCAAGUUGGGUAUUUGUAUGCUGUCAGUGCUCCACACAGUGCACGGUUUGGUAAAGGAAGUGGAAAGAUUUGGCUGGACGAUGUUCAGUGUCAGGGGAAUGAAAGUUCCAUUGUGAAUUGUCGACGCCGCCCAUUGGGUGAGCAUAACUGUGGACACAGUGAGGAUGCAUCAGUGAUCUGUUCAAGUAAGUAAUAAAUAGAUUGUAAUUAUAAUUAUUAUAGCUCCUCUUAGAGUUCAGCCGAAUGUCAGUUACAAUGGACCCUCUCAGGACUCAGAUUCCGAGGCAGAAUAAAAAAUGCAGUUUUAUUUGUUAGUUAAUUAUUAACAAACCCCAGCCCAUUGCCUCCAUUUAGAGCGGACACCUCUGUUCAUGCUAAACUUGCCUUGGACCAAAGAAUUUCCCGAUAUUUUGGGUGGGCAAGCUGUUGUAAUACGUAGUUUGUGUGAUUCUAUUUAUUAUUAGAAAUAAUGAAUUCACUGACUAUAUAAUUGUAGACUCAUUGGAAUAGUUUACAUUGUGCAAUGGAGGAUCUAUUACUUGACAGGCGUCACAUGAGUGUGACUAUUUCAAACUGUUCCACAGACAAUUUUUCCUAAUCUUAUUAGCUUGCAGUUCAUAGUAUUUCCAUUAAAAUUUCACCUACGCAGCCAUUUGUACAAAGCUCUAGUCACAAGUUAACUACUAAAUGAUAUAUCACAGCAUGAUUUGUGUAAUACAUAAGGGGCUUUGCAAUCAUCCCCUCACACUCACCUUUGAUUCGCCACUGCUGUUUAAACUUGAUUCAGCGCUAGCAUCUUUGAGACUGAUUGGAGGAAGUGGGCCUGGAGAGGGAAGAGUGGAGAUCUAUUACAACGAUACCUGGGGAACUGUUUGUGACGAUAAUUGGGAUAAAAAUGAUGCUCGAGUUGUCUGUCGUCAACUUGGGUAUUCGUUUGCUGUCAGUGCUCCACACAGUGCACGGUUUGGUCAAGGAAGUGGAAAGAUUUGGCUGGACGAUGUUCAGUGUCAGGGAAAUGAAAGUUCCAUUGGGAAUUGUCGACACCGUCCAUGGGGUGAGAAUAACUGUGGACACCAUGAGGAUGCAUCAGUGAUCUGUUCAAGUAAGCGUAUUAAUAAAUAGAUUGUAAUUCAUAAUUAUUAUAGCUUUUAUUAGAGUUGAUCAUGAGCCGAAUGUCAAUUACAAUGGACCCUCUCGGGACACCUCCGUAUUGAAGGGAAAAUUUAGGGGAGUCCCAGGAAAGUGUUCACAUACAGAACCUUUUUAUUUGUUUCCUCUAAUGAAGGGACCUCUAUUCUGGGGAAAGGAACACUUUUUCUGGAUCCCGAAACCCGGCUUUAAACUCCAUUCAAGGGACAUCUUAAUAAGCACCCAAAAGUUGACUAACGACAAAAUUCGUUGAUGGGUGAUUCAAUGUUGCGGACAUUACAUUCAGAUACUAAAAUUAACAAUUUAAACCCCAAUUUAAAUGUCAAAAUGUUCUACACUGGUGUUCAAACAUAUCUAGAAAGUAACUUUAGUGUUCCCUAUGUACUUAAUAGCGAGGGAUAAACGAACAUCUACUGAAAACCUCAGGUGCUGAUGUUUUAUCCUCUUGGAAAAAUCCCUGAAAACCUAAAGGGAGUGGCAUCCACCUUCCACCCAUUGUAUGUCCGAGGGUUAAAGUGUUAUUUCUUUGAGGAAGGAAACUUACGGCAAAGGAUAGAUGUGCAGUCCAUCACCCCUUGAAGUUUUCCACUAAGCUGAUAACUUAAGUAUCCAAAAGGCUGGUGUCCAUUAAUUAAUUAAUUACUUUUUACGGUGCCGUGUAAUCGACAGGGAAACCAAGUUCGCAUUUACAGUAAAACGUUUGGUGAUCUUAUCAGUACGCAUGAUAUUCAUUUGGCAAACAAUGGUGAAAUAAACGACCACAGGAGCCGAUCGGCUCCUGACGGUCAUGUUGCAUAAACAAACAAGUGUUAAUGAAGUUUAAGUGGCAAUCAAAUGAUGCAUUCUUACAAGUUUUACUCUUUCCCUUGGGAUCAAAGUCUUGAAACUUGGUGAAAUACAUAAAAAAUAUUAAUAAUUAACAAGCGUUUUUACUUAUUAACUGAGAUUUUCGCAUAACCAACAAAAAUCAAGAAGUUUAACCGACUACCGACAAAGAUCGAAAAUUUUAACCGACUACCGACAAAGUAACUGAAUUUUAACCGACAACCGACAAAUGGACCCCCCCAUUCAGACCCUCUUAAUAAACAGAUGCUUUAGUGAGCUCUCAUGACCUUGAAGAUAUCAGUUGAGGAAACUGUGUUUCGGACAUUACAUUUUUAAAAAACCACUUUUUAAAAUAACUUUCUUUAAAGAUAUUGCACUGUGAAUUUUUAAGCUAGAGCAGAAAAUAAUUGUACCUUCAAAACAUUGCAAUAAUCAAAUUUUUUAACCGUCAAAAAAAAAAUUCCGUGCAACCUCGUUCCAAUGAUUCUACAAACAAACGUUUGUGUUGCGGACAUUACACAAAAAUGUUGCUGACAUUACAGUUUGGGAACACAUUUUUUAUCUUUCACUUUCUAGUCAGUGUUCCUCCCUGUGGCUAUGUCAAUUUUUUUCUGUAGUUACUUGUCUAAAAAUGAAGCUGUGAAAUUAUUAUUUGCUUUAUUUAAUAUGUUCUAUUACAAUAUUAUAUAAUCUCCUGCUGACCUAGUAUCAUGCAAUGCCAGUCAGAUUUUUUUCUUCUAUACUGACUCCUUAAAAUGAUUUCAAAAUUAAUUUUAUUACAUCUCAAGUAAAUGUUGUCAGAAAAGAAACCCUCAGUAGUGAGAUCUUUUUUUUCCGAAACUGAUUUAGCUUAACUGAAAUUAUAAUUUCUUGUCAUUCAGUCUGACUUAAAUACAGAUAAAAUGUAAAUCUGCACUAAAAUUGCAAAUUGUCCACCACAUUAAGAUUAUUACAUUACAAAUUCUACUUCAAAACUAAUACUCAUUCAAGAGUGAGUAGAAAAUCAGAAGAAGCAAUGAUGGUCAGUUGUUUUCCUCAAAGAGCAUACUUAAAACAAACAGUUCUGGGCUUGCUCAACAGUACAAAACCCCUGACCAGCUACUCAAUUUCUCCUUUUCCAACCCUCAAAAUAAAAAUUCAUAGUAGUCGAUUGUAAAAAAGGUCAAUUGCAGUGCUUAAGAUAAGCACUGAAAGGUCAAGAAAAUUUGUAAAAAAGUUGAAAGAGGAUUCUAAGUUGUAUGAAGUCUAUAAAACCAAUGUGUAAUGUCCGCAGCACUUUUCAACUUAUAAUUUUUGAGCAGAGAAAGCUGACCCUGGAAAUAUUUUGAGAUUAAAAUAAAGUAUACAUUAGACUAACUGAGCAGCAUCAAUACCACAUGAAAAUACAGUGAACUGUGUAGAGGAACUGAAAAAAGGUACCUUAAUGUUGCGGACAUUACGUAAUGUCCACAACACAAAUUCAAUGUCUAUUCUCUUAGGAAAGUACCAGUACCCGGAUAUAAUAAUUUAUGGCCUAAUGAUAGUGUGAGGCAAAGGUUAUACACACAAACUUUUGUUUAUUGUCAUGCUUUCUUAGAUGUAAAAACUUUGUUGAAAAUUUCCUUCCAAAAAUUCCAAAUAUGAUGAGAUUCAAAUUCACCAGAUUUAAUGCCUUCUCACAUUAAGCACAUGGACAAGAUGCUCAAGAUCUCAGUAUUUCAAAUACCCCAUCGUCUCAACUUUUUGUCGGUACAAGCUUUAUUGCGCAAAAUUUUAUUUUAAAAAGUUCAAAAUUUCAUUGUCUCGCGUGGAAUUGCCCUGAUAAGUUUAAGUGUUCACUAGUCACAAUGGCGACAGCUUUCAAAAAAUGAACUAUCUCACUUGAAAACGAUGUAUGACACUUGUGAGAUUUCAAUACAAUACAUCACAGAAAUAAGUUAAUCAGGAUUUUUUCUCCAUUAUCUAGAUGCUUGAAAUAACGACUGCAGCAGAUUCCGAGGAAGAAUAAAAAAUGCAGUUUUAUUUGUUAAUUAAUUAUUUACAAACCCCAGCCCAACCUCCAUUCAGGGCGGACACCUCUGUUCAGGCUAAGCUUGCCUUGGACCCGACAAUUUCCCGAUAUUAUGGGUGGGCAAGCUGUUGUAAUAUGUAGUUUGUGUGAUUCUAUUUAUUAUUAGAAAUAAUGAAAUUACUGACUAUAUAAUUGUAGACCUGAAACAUAUAGAUGAAAUUAUUCCUAAGGCGUCUGCGCAAAUUAGAACAGAAUUGAAUUGAACAAAUAGACCGAUUGGAAUAGUUUACAUUGGGCAAAGCAGGAUCUAUUACUUGACAGGCGUCACAUGAGUGUGACUAUUUGAAACUGUUCCCGGGGUUUUUUAUUUUUCUUACUCCUAUUAGCUUGCAGUUCAUAGUAUUUCCAUUAAAAUUUUACCUACGCAGCCAUUUGCAUAAACCUCUAGUCACAAAUCGCUUAAUUAACUACUAAAUGAUAUAUCACAGCAUGAUUGGAGUAAUACAUAAGGGGCUUUGCAAUGAUCCCCGCACUCUCACCUUUGAUUCGCCACUGUUGUUCAAACUUGAUUCAGCGUUGCAAAGAAAGAAUUCAACUGUAGCCAUUGCAAAUAUUUUGCUUUUUUUUGCUUUGAGGGUUUGAUAUCUGGACUUGAUUAAAUUUGCGCGGACGCCUUAGGAAUAGGACUUCCGUAUAAUUGCAACCACUAAAAAUAAAUUUGGUGAAAUUCACAUAUCCACGCCAACACCUUAAGAUUCCCUCUCUGCCUGUCCCAUUAAACUCUCUUGGCUGGUAUAUCGAGGCGUUUUCACGGACGGUUAUAUUUUUAAAUCAAGUUUCGCAGGGAAAUUCAAGUUAAGUUCUGUUCCUCAUUAAUACGGUCAUCGAAGAGGUAGCUGAAAGAUGACGGCCUUAUACCGGUCUCUUGGUGGUUGCUCCUUCAAAAUGAAAAUUCCUACCCUCGUUCUAUUACAUUUCGCAGUAUUCCCCUAUUUCUUUGCACACUUAAGUCGAAUAGCAUCGUAGAAGUUCUGUUCUGAGAUUAAACAAAAAUAAGAAGUUUUCCUUUUUAAAAUACUCUGUGUGCAUGACAGGAUAACAGAUGGGGAAAUAGAGUUGUUUGUUUUUUUUGCUUUGUUUGUUUGUUCUCCAAAACCCCAAUAAGAAUUUACCUCUAACUUAUGCACUAGCAACUUUGAGACUGAUUGGAGGAAGUGGGCCUGGAGAGGGCAGAGUGGAGAUCUAUUACAGAGGUACCUGGGGAACUGUUUGUGACGAUCAUUGGGAUAAAAAUGAUUCUCUAGUUGUCUGUCGUCAACUUGGGUAUUCGUCUGUUGUCAGUGCUCCACACAGUGCACGGUUUGGUCAAGGAAGUGGAAAGAUUUGGCUGGACGAUGUUCAGUGUCAGGGAAAUGAAAGUUCCAUUGUGAAUUGUCGACACCGUCCAUGGGGUGAGAAUAACUGUGGACACCAUGAGGAUGCAUCAGUGAUCUGUUCAAGUAAGCGUAUUAAUAAAUAGAUUGUAAUUCAUAAUUAUUAUAGCUUUUAUUAGAGUUGAUCAUGAGCCGAAUGUCAAUUACAAUGGACCCUCUCGGGACACUUCCGUAUUGAAGGGAAAAUUUAGGGGAGUCCCAGGAAAGUGUUCACAUACAGAACCUUUUUAUUUGUUUCCUCUAAUGAAGGGACCUCUCUAUUCUGGGGAAAGGAACACUUUUUCUGGAUCCCGAAACCCGGCUUUAAACUCCAUUCAAGGGACAUCUUAAUAAGCACCCAAAAGUUGACUAACGACAAAAUUCGUUGAUGGGUGAUUCAAUGUUGCGGACAUUACAUUCAGAUACUAAAAUUAACAAUUUAAACCCCAAUUUAAAUGUCAAAAUGUUCUACACUGGUGUUCAAACAUAUCUAGAAAGUAACUUUAGUGUUCCCUAUGUACUUAAUAGCGAGGGAUAAACGAACAUCUACUGAAAACCUCAGGUGCUGAUGUUUUAUCCUCUUGGAAAAAUCCCAGAAAACCUAAAGGGAGUGGCAUCCACCUUCCACCCCUUGUAUGUCCGAGGGUUAAAGUGUUAUUUCUUUGAGGAAGGAAACUUAUGGCAAAGGAUAGAUGUGCAGUCCAUCACCCCUUGAAGUUUUCCACUAAGCUGAUAACUUAAGUAUCCAAAAGGCUGGUGUCCAUUAAUUAAUUAAUUACUUUUUACGGUGCCGUGUAAUCGACAGGGAAACCAAGUUCGCAUUUACAGUAAAACGUUUGGUGAUCUUAUCAGUACGCAUGAUAUUCAUUUGGCAAACAAUGGUGAAAUAAACGACCACGGGAGCCGAUUGGCUCCUGACGGUCAUGUUGCAUAAACAAACAAGAGUUAAUGAAGUUUAAGUGGCAAUCAAAUGAUGCAUUCUUACAAGUUUUACUCUUUCCCUUGGGAUCAAAGUCUUGAAACUUGGUGAAAUACAUAAAAAAUAUUAAUAAUUAACAAGCGUUUUUACUUAUUAACUGAGAUUUUCGCAUAACCAACAAAAAUCAAGAAGUUUAACCGACUACCGACAAAGAUCGAAAAUUUUAACCGACUACCGACAAAGUAACUGAAUUUUAACCGACAACCGACAAAUGGACCCCCCCAUUCAGACCCUCUUAAUAAACAGAUGCUUUAGUGAGCUCUCAUGACCUUGAAGAUAUCAGUUGAGGAAACUGUGUUUCGGACAUUACAUUUUUAAAAAACCACUUUUUAAAAUAACUUUCUUUAAAGAUAUUGCACUGUGAAUUUUUAAGCUAGAGCAGAAAAUAAUUGUAACUUCAAAACAUUGCAAUAAUCAAAUUUUUUAACCGUCAAAAAAAAAAAAUUCCAUGCAACCUCGUUCCAAUGAUUCUACAAACAAACGUUUGUGUUGCCGACAUUACACAAAAAUGUUGCUGACAUUACAGUUUGGGAACACAUUUUUUAUCUUUCACUUUCUAGUCAGUGUUCCUCACUGUGGCUAUGUCAAUUUUUUUCUGUAGUUACUUGUCUAAAAAUGAAGCUGUGAAAUUAUUAUUUGCUUUAUUUAAUAUGUUCUAUUACAAUAUUAUAUAAUCUCCUGCUGACCUAGUAUCAUGCAAUGCCAGUCAGAUUUUUUUCUUCUAUACUGACUCCUUAAAAUGAUUUCAAAAUUAAUUUUAUUACAUCUCAAGUAAAUGUUGUGAGAAAAGAAACCCUCAGUAGUGAGAUCUUUUUUUUUCCGAAACUGAUUUAGCUUAACUGAAAUUAUAAUUUCUUGUCAUUCAGUCUGACUUAAAUACAGAUAAAAUGUAAAUCUGCACUAAAAUUGCAAAUUGUCCACCACAUUAAGAUUAUUACAUUACAAAUUCUACUUCAAAACUAAUACUCAUUCAAGAGUGAGUAGAAAAUCAGAAGAAGCAAUGAUGGUCAGUUGUUUUCCUCAAAGAGCAUACUUAAAACAAACAGUUCUGGGCUUGCUCAACAGUACAAAACCCCUGACCAGCUACUCAAUUUCUCCUUAUCCAACCCUCAAAAUAAAAAUUCAUAGUAGUCGAUUGUAAAAAGGUCAAUUGCAGUGCUUAAGAUAAGCACUGAAAGGUCAAGAAAAUUUGUAAAAAAAAGUUGAAAGAGGAUUCUAAGUUGUAUGAAGUCUAUAAAACCAAUGUGUAAUGUCCGCAGCACUUUUCAACUUAUAAUUUUUGAGCAGAGAAAGCUGACCCUGGAAAUAUUUUGAGAUUAAAAUAAAGUAUACAUUAGACUAACUGAGCAGCAUCAAUACCACAUGAAAAUACAGUGAACUGUGUAGAGGAACUGAAAAAAGUACCUUAAUGUUGCGGACAUUACGUAAUGUCCACAACACAAAUUCAAUGUCUAUUCUCUUAGGAAAGUACCAGUACCCGGAUAUAAUAAUUUAUGGCCUAAUGAUAGUGUGAGGCAAAGGUUAUACACACAAACUUUUGUUUAUUGUCAUGCUUUCUUAGAUGUAAAAACUUUGUUGAAAAUUUCCUUCCAAAAAUUCCAAAUAUGAUGAGAUUCAAAUUCACCAGAUUUAAUGCCUUCUCACAUUAAGCACAUGGACAAGAUGCUCAAGAUCUCAGUAUUUCAAAUACCCCAUCGUCUCAACUUUUUGUCGGUACAAGCUUUAUUGCGCAAAAUUUUAUUUUAAAAGUUCAAAAUUUCAUUGUCUCGCGUGGAAUUGCCCUGAUAAGUUUAAGUGUUCACUAGUCACAAUGGCGACAGCUUUCAAAAAAUGAACUAUCUCACUUGAAAACGAUGUAUGACACUUGUGAGAUUUCAAUACAAUACAUCACAGAAAUAAGUUAAUCAGGAUUUUUUCUCCAUUAUCUAGAUGCUUGAAAUAACGACUGCAGCAGAUUCCGAGGAAGAAUAAAAAAUGCAGUUUUAUUUGUUAAUUAAUUAUUUACAAACCCCAGCCCAACCUCCAUUCAGGGCGGACACCUCUGUUCAGGCUAAGCUUGCCUUGGACCCGACAAUUUCCCGAUAUUAUGGGUGGGCAAGCUGUUGUAAUAUGUAGUUUGUGUGAUUCUAUUUAUUAUUAGAAAUAAUGAAAUUACUGACUAUAUAAUUGUAGACCUGAAACAUAUAGAUGAAAUUAUUCCUAAGGCGUCCGCGCAAAUUAGAACAGAAUUGAAUUGAACAAAUAGACCGAUUGGAAUAGUUUACAUUGGGCAAAGCAGGAUCUAUUACUUGACAGGCGUCACAUGAGUGUGACUAUUUGAAACUGUUCCCGGGGUUUUUUAUUUUUCUUACUCCUAUUAGCUUGCAGUUCAUAGUAUUUCCAUUAAAAUUUUACCUAGCAGCCAUUUGCAUAAACCUCUAGUCACAAAUCGCUUAAUUAACUACUAAAUGAUAUAUCACAGCAUGAUUGGAGUAAUACAUAAGGGGCUUUGCAAUGAUCCCCGCACUCUCACCUUUGAUUCGCCACUGUUGUUCAAACUUGAUUCAGCGUUGCAAAGAAAGAAUUCAACUGUAGCCAUUGCAAAUAUUUUGCUUUUUUUUGCUUUGAGGGUUUGAUAUCUGGACUUGAUUAAAUUUGCGCGGACGCCUUAGGAAUAGGACUUCCGUAUAAUUGCAACCACUAAAAAUAAAUUUGGUGAAAUUCACAUAUCCACGCCAACACCUUAAGAUUCCCUCUCUGCCUGUCCCAUUAAACUCUCUUGGCUGGUAUAUCGAGGCGUUUUCACGGACGGUUAUAUUUUUAAAUCAAGUUUCGCAGGGAAAUUCAAGUUAAGUUCUGUUCCUCAUUAAUACGGUCAUCGAAGAGGUAGCUGAAAGAUGACGGCCUUAUACCGGUCUCUUGGUGGUUGCUCCUUCAAAAUGAAAAUUCCUACCCUCGUUCUAUUACAUUUCGCAGUAUUCCCCUAUUUCUUUGCACACUUAAGUCGAAUAGCAUCGUAGAAGUUCUGUUCUGAGAUUAAACAAAAAUAAGAAGUUUUCCUUUUAAAAUACUCUGUGCAUGACAGGAUAACAGAUGGGGAAAUAGAGUUGUUUGUUUUUUUUUUUGCUUUGUUUGUUUGUUCUCCAAAACCCCAAUAAGAAUUUACCUCUAACUUAUGCACUAGCAACUUUGAGACUGAUUGGAGGAAGUGGGCCUGGAGAGGGCAGAGUGGAGAUCUAUUACAGAGGUACCUGGGGAACUGUUUGUGACGAUCAUUGGGAUAAAAAUGAUUCUCUAGUUGUCUGUCGUCAACUUGGGUAUUCGUCUGUUGUCAGUGCUCCACACAGUGCACGGUUUGGUCAAGGAAGUGGAAAGAUUUGGCUGGACAAUGUUCAGUGUCAAGGAAAUGAAAGUUCCAUUGUGAAUUGUCGACACAGUCCAUGGGGUGUGCAUAACUGUGGACACCAUGAGGAUGCAUCAGUGAUCUGUUCAAGUAAGCGUAUUAAUAAAUAGAUUGUAAUUUAUAAUUAUUAUAACUUUUAUAGAGAUACGCCGAAUGUCAAUUACCAAUGGACCCUCUCGGGACACCUCCGUAUUGAAGGGAAAAUUCAGGGGAGUCCCAGAAAAAUGUUCACAUACAUAACUUUUUUAUUUGUUACCUCUAUUGAAGGGAUGUCUCUAUUAAGGGAAAGGAACACUUUUUCUGGAUCCCGAAACCCGGCUUUAACCUCCAUUCAAGAGACAUUUUAAUCAGCACCAAAAAGCUGAUUAACGGCAAAAUUCGUUGAUAAGUUCAAGUGUUCACUAGUCACAAUGGCGACAGCUAUCAAAGCAUGAACUAUCUGAGUUGAAAACGAUGCAUUACCCUUGUGAGACUUCAACACACCACAUCACAGAAAUAAGUUAAUCAGGAUUUUUUUGUACAUUAUGUAGAUGCUUGAAAUAAUGACUGCAGCAGAUUCCGAGGCAGAAUAAAAAAUGCAGAUUUAUUUGUUUGUUAAUUAUUAACAAACCCCAGCCCAACCUCCAUUCAGGGCGGACACCUCUGUUCAGGCCAAACUUGCCUUGGACCCGAGAAUUUCCAGAUAGUUUGGGUGGGCAAGCUUUUGUAAUACGUAGUUUGUAUGAUUCUACUUAAUAAUAGUCUUAAUAAUGAUAGUUUUUAUUCAAUCAAAGGAUAAAAAUACAUAUUCUAAGUUACAGUGAAAAUGUGUUUAACAAUUAUUCUACGAGGUCGUGUUGGAUAUGAGGUGAUAGAGAGCCAACGAGGUGCGUAGCGCCGAGGGGGCUAUAAUAAUCUAAUAUCCAACAAGCGCGAGUGGAAUAAUUGUUUUAUUAAAAACGCCCACAAAAACUCGUUGAAUCUCCCCGACUAGAAUAAACCGGAAAAGACAAGGGGCUUCCGCUAUUCACAUGUCACACGUCUAUCAAAACUGUCAACGCGCGAACGGACUCGCCUGGACUGCAUGAAUGAAAAAUCAAAACAUCGUAGCGAUGAACACUAGUUUUUUAAAAACUCAUCGGGAUUCUAGGAUUUUACACAGCAGAACAGCUAAAAAAACCUGGCAGAUAAUGUGAAGGAAAAGAAUUUCUAAGUGACAGCCGUCGAAAUUACUGUGAAUUUGGAUUUUCGGUGCAGUUAUAAAAGUAAGAACAACAGAGAAAAACUAUUACCUCGGUAGCUUGUUAUCAAGUUGUUUGAAGCCACAAGCUGGUUUUGCUGAACGAGAAAAGAAGCUAUACUGCCGCCUCGAUUGCUCUAGUGAAUGGCUGCAUAGCCUGUAUUUGUAGCAGGUUACUUGUGAUUUAUAUUCUUGAUGUCGGAUAAACAAGCCGCAGUUAUCUAUCGGCGAGUGACUCGAUCGGCGAAUGGCUUCGCUAUCAUGAAGAAACAACACUUGUCUUCUUUUGUAUCUGGUCAAGGUACCUUUAGUUCCAUGUGUUUUCAUGUGUUUUUCGACAAACUUUCAAACAAGCUCUUGUGGCUUUUUUGUUUGAUUUUGUCUUUUUUCUGUCGAUGAAAUUGCAUUUCUAGUAUUCUGAGAAAUGAAUUAAAACGAUUUGCUUCGGGCACCGUUCUAUCCUUCGCGAAAAAAAUUCUCAGCUAGCUUCCAAUUUUAAACUGACGCGUACACCGACCAUAUAUGGAGAGCAUGGUAUAAUAGCUCAUAUACCCUAACGGCUAGGUCAAUCAAAAUGCUAGAAUUGCAUUAUCCAAUGAUUCAGUUUUUAAUAAUAAAAGAUACACGAUAAAAUACAAUAGUAAUAUAAGAUAGAAUAAUGCUAUACUAAAUUAUAUUUAAAAAUAAGUCUAUUUACAAAAGUUUUCUUGUAUCUCUCCGUUUUUAUCUGAGGAAGGUGACACCUUCUCCUACGCAAAUUAUAUACUAAUUCUUUUAGAAAAAAUGAAAUUACUGACCAUAUAAUUGUAGACCCAUUGGAAUAGUUUACAUUGUGCAAAGCAGGAUCUAUUACUUGACAAGUGUCACAUGAGUGUGACUAUUUGAAACUGUUCCACAGAUAUUUUUUCCUAAUCUUAUUAGCUUGCAGUUCAUAGUAUUUACAUUAAAAUUUCACCUUCGCAGCCAUUUGUACAAACCUCUAGUCACAAAGCGCCUAAUUAACCACUAAAUGAUAUAUCACGGCAUGAUUGGUGUAAUACAUAAGGGACUUUCGAAUCAUCCCCGCACUCUCACCUUUGAUUUGCCACUGUUGUUCAAACUUGAUUCAGCGUUGUCAAGAGAGAAAUCAACAGCCAUCAUUGCAAAUAUUCUGCCAUUUGUUUGCCUUGAGGGUUUGAUUUUUGGACUUGAUUAAAAUGUGUGGACGCCUUAGGAAUAAGACUUCAUUUUAAUUACAACCACUAAAAACAAAUUUAGUGAAAUUCACAUAUCCAUGCCAACAGCUGAAGAUUCCCUCUCCGCCGGUCCCAUUAAACUCUCUUAGCCAGUAUGUCGAGGCGUUUUCACGGAUGGUUUUAUUUUUAAAUCAAGUUUAGCGGGAAAUUCAAGUUAAGUUCUGCUCCUCAAUAAUAUGGCCAUCAAAGAGGUAGCUGAAAGAUGACGGCCUUAUAAGGGGCUCUUAGUGGUUGCUCUUUUAAAAUGAUAAUCCCUAGCCUAGUUCUGUUACAUUUCGCAGUAUUCCCCUAUUUCUUUGCACGCUUCAGUCGAAUAGCAUCGCAGAAGUUCUGUGCAGAUUAUUACACAAAACCACGAAGUUUUUCAUUUAAAAGAUUCUGUUUGCAUGACAGGAUAACAGAUGGGAGAUUAGAGUUGUUUGGUUUUUCGCUUUGUUUAUUUAAAAUAGCAGUAGAAAUAUUGUAGCUUUGAAACGACAAAAGUUCCACAAAACAGGACAAAACUUAUCGCCAUACGUAAUUAAGAAACGUUUAACCCUAACCUGACCAUGCUUUUUUUCCUUUUCUGGCUUCCUAAGACAAGGAAACGUCGGAGGAUCGCUUCUAUAACUUUAAAACAGAUCUUCUCAAACUCAUUAAUAAUUCAUUAAGAAAAUACAAAGGAAAUUAAUGUUUAAUGAGUGUUUGGAAAUCGGAUGAAACACUGCUUAGUAUUUGCAUCCUUAAUUUCUCCUUCAAAAAUGAUUUUGUUUGAGAAGAAAUAUCAAACAUUCGACACAGUGUUUCAUCACCAGAUGAAACACCUCGAAGAUAAAUCAAAAAUACUCCGCUGCGCGUCGUAUUUUCAACUCUCUUCUCGGUGUUUCAUCUGAUGAUGAAACACUGCAUCUCAUGUUUGAUAUAUUACUUCUCAAACUCAUUAAUAAUUCAUAAAGAAAAUUCAAAGGAAAUUAAUGUUUAAUGAGUGUUUGGAUAUCAGAUGAAAAACUGCUCAUUUUUGCCUCUUUAAUUUCUCCUUCAAAAAUGAUUUUGUUUGAGAAGAAAUAUCAAACAUUUGACACAGUGUUUCAUCACCAGAUGAAACACCUCGAAGUUCGUCAAAAAUACUCCGCUGCGCGUCGUAUUUUCAACUCUCUUCUCGGUGUUUCAUCUGAUGAUGAAACACUGCAUCUCAUGUUUGAUAUAUUACUUCUCAAACUCAUUAAUAAUUCAUAAAGAAAAUUCAAAGGAAAUUAAUGUUUAAUGAGUGUUUGGAUAUCAGAUGAAAAACUGCUCAUUUUUGCAUCCUUAAUUUCUCCUUCAAAAAUGAUUUUGUUUGAGAAGAAAUAUCAAACAUUCGACACAGUGUUUCAUCACCAGAUGAAACACCUCGAAGUUCGUCAAAAAUACUCCGCUGCGCGUCGUAUUUUCAACUCUCUUCUCGGUGUUUCAUCUGGUGAUGAAACACUGCAUCUCAUGUUUGAUAUAUUACAUGAAACAUACACCAAAAUUACACCUAAUGAUGUACUCAUCAUUUUCAACAUGUAGGCCGGGAUAACGAACGCGAUUUGACGUACUUUUGACGUAACAUUGUUAUGGGUUAUAAGCAGAAUUCAAUCAUCAUUUUUUUUGUCUAGGAGUAGCCAUGAAGCGGAAAAUGCUAAAAUAGUGAAAUGUUUAAAAAACUUAUGAAGUCGGCUAACACACGGAUAGUCUUUUGCAAUAGCAGUGGCGUCGUGAUGACUUUUUUUAUUAAUAGAGAACGUGCUGGAACAACGCCAUUAGAUAUUAAAUCUGCCAUUUUGAAUUAAUUUUUGUUCAAAACCGGAUGAUGCUCGAUAUACCAAGUCAAUAUAUACACUAUUGUGCCAUUCUAUUGGGUGGAGUUUAUUGUGUUAUUGUUGACAGGCUAGGGAUCAUUGUUGUGUUCUUUGUGACGUAACUCUAGAUUGCUAUUCACUUGAUAUUUAUAACAUAGCUAGAAAAUUCCCCUAAUCAAAUUCAAUAGCGCGAGCGUGCUUCAUAUUCCUAUUGAGCACGCUGAUGACGUCAAUAAACUAUUCGUAAUUCCGCGAGUUGUUGUGAGCUUAGCAAUCCUGAGUCUCCUGAGUGCAUCCAUAACUCAGCAAUAGACAAUGAAGCGUUUACCAUGUAUUUUUAUAAGGAAAUUUAAGAGGAAACGUUUGAAUUUGUUGACCGAUAGUAAACUCUUACGCCUCUUUCGUGCUCUCCAAACUUCCCGCGCGCUCAAUAUCUCGACAUACACACGCUGACGCAUGAACUAAUUGUUAAAUAGUGCACCAGCUCAAUUAAAAACGCGUGUAAAUCGAGGAAACCGUGAUAUUAAAUACGACCUGUGUAUUUAAUUAUGCUUAAAAAGCAAAAAAUAAAAUAAAAGUAAAAAUACCGAUGUAAAUGUAAAAUUAAAAGAAGAAAAAACUGCUAGUAAUUAACCUUGUUGAACACUGUUGAAAUUUGAAUCCAACUUCUACCAUUAAGUCAUUUUAUAUUCAAGGUUUUCAAUUGGCCAUUUGCACCUAUGCCAUAACUUAUGGCAUAUGUGCAAAUGGCCAAUUCAUGGUCUUAUUAAGACGCCUUGCUUGCCCCCUAAAGUUGGUGGUUGUGUUUGGAAGCCCUGUAGGGAAAUUCAAGUUAAGUUCUGUUCCUCAUUAAUACGGUCAUCGAAGAGGUAGCUGAAAGAUGACGGCCUUAUACCGGUCUCUUGGUGGUUGCUCUUUCAAAAUGAAAAUUCCUACCCUCGUCCUAUUACAUUUUGCAGUAUUCCCCUAUUUCUUUGCACACCUAAGUCGAAUAGCAUCGUAGAAGUUCUGUGCGGAGAUUAAACAAAAAUAGGAAGUUUUCCAUUUUAAAAAAUUCUGUGUGCAUGCCAGGAUAACAGACGGGGAAAUAUAGUUGUUUGUUUUUUCGCUUUGUUUGUUUGUUCUUCAAAACCCCAAUACGAAUUUACCUCUAACUUAAACACUAGCAACUUUGAGACUGAUUGGAGGAAGUGGGCCUGGAGAGGGCAGAGUGGAGAUCUAUUACAGUGGUACCUGGGGAACUGUUUGUGACGAUAAUUGGGAUAAAAAUGAUGCUCGAGUUGUCUGUCGUCAACUUGGGUAUUCGUCUGUUGUCAGUGCUCCACACAGUGCACGGUUUGGUCAAGGAAGUGGAAAGAUUUGGCUGGACAAUGUUCAGUGUCAAGGAAAUGAAAGUUCCAUUGUGAAUUGUCGACACAGUCCAUGGGGUGUGCAUAACUGUGAACACCGUGAGGAUGCAUCAGUGAUCUGUUCAAGUAAGCGUAAUAAUAAAUAG